AUGGAACAAAGCAGACACCUUUUCCGCUUCGAUGCAUCCCUCCUCCAUCUUCCAAAGUCGCAGAAGUUGAGGUCAUUUGGUAUUUAUUUGGCAGGGGCGCUUUUUGCUAUUGGCUUCUGGUCGAUGGUGGAUUCGGCAGUUUACUCCAAAACCGUGAAUGCUUCCGUUGUUCAUGUAACAUUUGUGGACUGGAUCCCAUUUAUCUGUUCAACAUUGGGAAUGCUUAUUGUAAACUCCAUAGAGAAGUCAAACUUGUUCAGCGAGGGUCAAAAUCUGUUUAUGGGGGAUGGGAACGGUAAUGCCUGGGCCGCUAGAGUGAUUUUGUUCUUUGGCUUUUCGCUUCUAGCUGGUGGUUUGGCCGGCUCUUUCAUGGUUUUCAUUUUGAAGUUUUUGAUGAAGCACUAUACUUUUCCCACCUUAGGCAUGGGAGUUUCGAAUAUUGUCUGCAAUGGAUGCAUCAUGUUGAGUUGUAUUGUUUUAUGGUUGUCACAAAACAUUGAGGAUGAAUACAGUUACAGUUUGGCUUUGAACUAG